CAAUAGGAACGACUAUGUUCCCUUCGUCUAUGGUUUGCUAAAGGGGGGUACCACGAACUCCAUCUGGAACGAAUCACAGAAACACUAUACGACGAGUCUCUUUAAAUAGGACUGUGUUACUGCGAACUAUCGAGUAUCCUAUCAUACCCUCAACCAGUCAGUGACCACUGCCAGUCACUGGUGGCUGGUUUUCUGCAAGAUGAUUCCCAUUUACGGGCUGUCGAAUCACGACGACUUCCGAGUCCCUGGCAGUGAGCAUGACUUGCGACGUUACGGAGUUUGCUUAUGGCCUGCUCGACAAGGGUCUGGUCCCAGACUUCGUUCUUCGUGUAAUAAUUCGCGCCCUGUGCCGUGAACGUCUACGAACAAUUGAUCAUGGAUCGUUUGAACUCAACCAUGCUGCCAAGAUAAAAUGGAUUGAGGACGUUCGCGCGCGUGCCUCUAUUGCAGACGCCACGCAGACAGCCAACGAGCAACAUUAUGAGGUGUCUACCAAGUUUAUUCUCUCCUGCCUUGGCCCAUACGCCAAAUAUUCCUCUUGUUUGUAUCCAACUGGCCAUGAAACACUGGAACAGGCAGAAAUUUUGACGUUAGAAAGCUACUGCAAGAAGGCACAGCUAGUAGAUGGGAUGGAUGUCCUUGACCUUGGUUGCGGAUGGGGCAGUCUCUCCAUUUAUCUUGCUCAGAGAUAUCCAAAAUCUCAAAUCACCGGUCUAUCCAACUCCUCAACCCAGAAAUCGUACAUUGACGAUAUUGCGAAAGAAAAGGGUCUAAACAAUGUCAAGAUCAUCACUGCCGAUGUCAAUACCUUUGACUUCGGUGAAACUAAGCGCUUUGACCGUAUUUUGUCCAUCGAAAUGUUUGAGCACAUGAAAAAUUAUGAAGUGCUUCUUCAAAAGAUAUCCACUUGGUUGCGUCCAACCUCUGCAAAUCACGCACGCGAAUCUUUGUUAUUCGUGCAUCUGUUCUGCCACAAGAUGACCCCAUAUCACUUCGAUCAGGACGAUGGGUGGAUGGCUCAAACGUUCUUCACCGGUGGAACGAUGCCUUCUCAUGACCUUCUGGCAUACUUCCAGUCAGAUCUGACCCUCGUCAGAAGCUGGUACAUUAACGGUCAACAUUACUCCCGUACACUCGAAGCGUGGCUCGAGAAACAGGAUCUUAAUGCUAAAGCAGGCAUCAAAGAACUCGAAGAAGACGCAGUCUCAAAGGGCCUCAACAAGGAGGAGGGCCGUAAGGCCUUUUACAGGUUUCGUGUCUUUUACAUGGCCUGUUCGGAACUUUUCGCCCUUCAUGGCGGCGAAGAAUGGGGCAUCGGACAUUACUUAUUGAAGCCCAAAAUGAUUCAACAGUCGUAAUUAGUCAAUGUAUCAGCGUAUACAUGCAUAGCUUCCAUAACUGCAAUUCUGCGACAGCGCAGUCAAACAA